AUGGAAAGGAUGCUCCGAGUAAAUGUUGGACUCAGUGCAGAAUCCAAGAGCGGCAUCGUUGUCGAUGGUGCCACCACAGUAGCAAAGCUGCGGCGGAAGAUUCAGGCUGCGUGGAUCACCAGCUCCUGCGUCUCGUCCGCACACAGGUCCGAAGUGGCGCCGGAGGUGUUCUACUGUGAUGGCAUCGACGUGACCGUUCUCAGACGGUGUAGCGAGGCGCAGGCAGAGUGGCUAGACAUGCUGGAGCGGGGCGAUGAGUCAGCGCGCGCUGGACUUUUUUCAGGCGUGGCCAGAGAUCUACAGGAGCUCUGCGAUUUCAACCGCCUCUCCCGUUUCAGACACGUGCUUCAAGAGCAGCUUGAGUUGCAAGGCCACACGUGCCCCGUUUGCGAGUACACCUUCUUCACGAGCGAUGCCCCUUUACGCAUCCUGGCGUGUGGCGGAGUGAAGUUUGACGAGACCUUUCUCUUGAUGGCCUUGGAGAUCAACAACCCUGCCGCGGAGGUCCACACUCCCAUACUGCUGUAUGGGGCGAGGGAGCAGAUCCAGGCCAAGCUGGACUUGGCAAAGAUGCUGGCAGGAAACCCUCGCGUAGACCCCCUGGUGCUGGCUGAUGUCGCGCCGCGGGUCUUGCAUGACCGCGAAUUCUUGCUAAUUGCUGCACGAAGGAGUGGAGCCAUUUUGCAGAUGGCUGCCCCCGAGUUGCAGCAGGAUUUGGAGUUGGUCAAGGCCUGCGUCAUGCAGUCUGGCAGUGCGCUGCGGUUCGUAGCUCCUGAGCUCAAAGCCAACAAGGACAUUGUUCUCCGCGCAGUUGGGAACAGUGGCCUCGCCCUCGAGCACGCUGCGUGGGAGCUGAGGGAUGAUGAGGAGGUUGUGCAAAAUGCCGUGCGCUGCACGGGCCUAGCCCUGGAGUUUGCCUCCACCAGGCUCAAAGCGCUUCGCAAGAUUGUCUUGGAGUCCGUGAGCCAGGACGGUUGUGCAAUUAUGUUUGCAACUGAGGCACUGAAGGAUGACAUAGACAUAGUCAGUCGAGCUGUACAGGUUUCAGGCCAGGCCCUGAAGCAUGUGUCGGCGCGUUUGCGCAACUCGCGCGAGGUGGUUGUGCUCGCGGCCCGCCAGCAUGCCCAAUCUUUGCAGCACGCCUCGCCGGAGCUUCGGUCAGAUCUGGGCACUGUGAUCGACGCAGUGUCUGCAAGCUUCAAGGCCUUCGAGUUUGCAAGCCCGGAACUUCGAGCUGAAGCAAAGGUAAUCCGUUGUGCGGCGAAGCAACUGCUGUCUACACACGGCAUCAUCGUCCGCUCUGACGCUGAGUUGCCACAAAUCAUAGAAACCAAUGUCCUGCUCGUCUCGAAGGAGUCCGGCCAGCAUUUACUGGCUGCUCUUCAGACCGGUCUUCUUACAACGAGGACGUUUGGUUUAGCUGUCGUGCGCCAUGAUCCCCAGCUGUAUCGGCGACUGGAGGAGCAUGUCAAGGCAGACAAGGAGGUAUCCUUAGAGGCCGUGAAGCGGCUUCCCGACUUGUUUCCAGAUAUGCCCUUCCGGACUCGAAAUGUGCUGGAUGUGCAGGUGGCGGCAGUCAUGCAGAAACCUGAGAUGCUCAGCUUUGUCUUGCCGACGGAUGUCACCCGCGUGCAGAGAGCUGUGGCUCAGGCGAGACAUCAGGGCUACAAGCCAGUCCCAGUGCUGGCACAAUGA